AGUCUUUGUUUUAUUUACGUUUAUAUCUACACCGGCACGAAAGGGUCAGACGGGCUCGCUCGUCCUCGUGUGCCAUGGCCCCCUAGGAAUUGUCCCGAUUUCUCAGACACGCCGGGGCUCAGCGAUAUCAGGAAUUCUAGCCCAGCUCCUUCCCAGCGGUCGAAGCCGGCGGCUCGGCCCAGCUGGCAGCAGGAAGUGCCCGGUGCUGACUUCGCCCGCGACGCCCCCGCGGCUUGUAAACACCGGGCAGACGCGCGGCGCGGCAAAGGCACAGCACGCGCCUCGAAGCCAGGACUCCUCUCUACUCGGUGAGGGCAGUGGCUGGCGGCGCGAUGGACCUCGCCGGGCUCCUGCUGGACGAAGAAGGCACCUUCUCCCUCACCGGCUUCCAGGACUUCACGUUCCUCCCAGGACACCAGAAGCUGAGUGCCCGAAUCCGAAGGAGACUCUACUAUGGCUGGGACUGGGAAACUGACUGUACUCUGGAGGAGCUCUCCAGCCCCGUGGCAGAUAUUGCUGUGGAACUGCUCCAGAAGGCAGCCCCCAGUCCUAUUCGCCGGCUCCAGAAGAAAUAUGUAGCCCAUGUGUCCCGAGAGGCUUGCAUCUCUCCGUGUGCUAUGAUGCUGGCUCUGGUAUACAUUGAGCGGCUCCGGCAUAGAAACCCAGACUACCUACAGCACGUGUCAUCCUCUGACUUGUUCCUGAUCUCCAUGAUGGUGGCCAGUAAGUACCUCUAUGACGAAGGGGAGGAGGAAGAGGUCUUCAAUGAUGAAUGGGGAGCUGCUGGGGGUGUGGCCGUGCCCACUCUUAAUGCCCUGGAGAGGGGCUUCCUGAGUGCCAUGGAUUGGCGGCUCUACACUGAUCCUCGGGAAAUCUUUGAGGUGCUGAGCUGGCUGGAGGGCUGUGUGGCUGAGCAGCAGGGGCGCCGGCGGGGCUGGUACACCUACACAGACCUGUGUGUGCUGCUGGAGCAGCCUGCCUGGCAACUGGCGCUGGGCUCCCUCUGCCAGCGGCUGGCAAAGCUGUCCUGCCUGUUGGCUAUGGCAUAUGUGAGCAGCGUGGCCCUCGCUGUGGCAUCGAUGGCCGUAAUACACCAGUCCUUAGGGCUGUCCUGCAGCCCCCCGCCUGGCCCUCCAGACCUUGGACUGGCCUCCAGGUGCCUUUUGGAACCCUGCAUACCUUCCCCCAUGCCACAGUGCCUGCCGUCUCCUGCUAACGUCACCGGCUGCCUGGAAGGCGAUGUAGUGCUGCGUUCACUGUGGGGCAGUCUGCUAGCCUCGCUGACUCCCCCACCGUUGCCUCCUCCAGACCCUCCUGCUCCCCCCACUCUUCUUCACAACUGCCCCCUUUGCCAGAAGCUCCAGAAGGACUCCCCAACCUGCCAUGCCUGCCAUCACCUCAACCAUACUGUCCCCACGGGGCCCCCCAGUCCUUGGUCCCACUCCCAUGGCCUGGCUCCCCCCUGGCCUUGGAGCCCAAUGCCCCCUCUGCUCCCACAGCCCCAGCAAUGUUCCCUUUUCAGCAUUAUGGAACUGGCCCGCCUGAAGUCUUUCAUUUUCCCAGGCUAGGUAGGGUUCUCAGGAAUGCAUUAAGAGGAUUUGGGAGUCCCUGAGAACCUGGAGGGGCAAAGUUUGAUCUGGGUCCUUGGCUGGUCUCCUGUCCUCCUGGGUGAUGGAGCUUAAGGGGGUCGUGUGGCAGAAGGACUGAAGGUCACUUGCUCUUCUGUCCCUCAGUGGCUGACUGCCUGGCCAGGGCGGUGGUGGUUCCAGGGAAAGCCUCAGCUCAGUGACCAGGGGCGUGUCACAGGUGGACAGGGGCAAGGCCCCUGUCUCUCCAUGUCCCCUGGGCUCUUCUAGACUUCUGCUUUUGAGUUUCCUAGGAUUGGGUGAGGGAGGGAGGAAACACUGAUGAGGGUCUGUUUGAUGUCCCUGGGGUAGGAGAGGCGGGGACUGACAGGGCCCCCGGUGGUGGGAGUUGCUGAGGGAAGGCAGGAGAGGGGGGAACCUCCCACACCCGCGCCAAGUCUAGAAGAACCAGGGCCUGCUGGGACCUUCACCCCGGCCCUUUUGUCUUCCAACAUUCUCUUCUUAGUCCCCUGCUCCUGGGCUUCCCUCUCUUCCGGUUCCUCUCCUCGGUGUUCUUUUCACAGGCCUCUCUGGCCACUGCUUUAUAUCUGGGUUUUUCACGCUUUUGUAGAACUAAGGUUUCAAUAAACAGUUUUAGUUGCA